GAUGAUAAAUUAGUAUAGUAUAGCGUAGUGUGGAUGUAGGGUAGGUAAGCUAGGAGGAUCAGUCAACAUGGUGGAACAGGCGGAGGCGAUGCGGGCGACGGUGGCCUCCAUGCUGCGGGGGAUUGAACGGUAUAAUCCGGAGAACAUCUCUACUCUGGAGAGGUACGUGGAGCUCCAGGCCCGCGAGAACACUUACGACCUGGAGGCAAAUCUUGCACUCCUGAAGUUAUACCAGUUCAACCCUGGCAAGUACCAGAACACUGUAGCAUGCACCAUCCUCAUGAAGGCUCUUACCAACCUGCCACACACCGACUUUGUCCUCUGCAAGUGUCUUCUAGGGCAAGAACAGAUGGAUGAUAUUAUCAUCAAACGUAUUAUGUACCUUCAUGACCUGCUGGAAAUGUGUCAGUUCAACAUGUAUUGGAAGAUGAACGCUACAUAUUCCGAACUAAUUACAGACAUCAAAGACUUCCAUGACAGCAUACGCAAGUAUAUCUGCCAUGUUAUAACAAUCACCUAUCAGCACAUAGAGAAGAAUGUUCUGGCCCAGCUCCUCGGUGGCAUUGACGAGGUGGCCUUGCAGCACUGGAUGACUAAGUAUGGGUGGAAGGAAACUGAUGAUGGCUACGUGUUUAUCGCCAAUCAAGAGGAAACGGUAAAGACCAAGAAUAUCACUGAGAAGAUUGAGUUUGACUCCGUGGCAGGAAUAAUGGCUGCCUGCAGAUAAUGUGUGGCAAGUGGAAUUUCACUGGACAAAUAAAACAUUGUUUGGUA